AUGGCGCCGAUCCCUUCUCUCGGUGCAAUUGCCGACCUCAAUGCCCUCAGUGUUACAUCCAGACGGCUUGUUACUCGCUCCCUAACCUCCGAGUCCCUCGUUGCAGCCAUUAUCGUCCUCUCGGUGAUCUCCACUCUUCUGCUGGGCAGCAUGGUUUUCCUCUUGGCCAGAAUUUGGAAGCAGGUGGUGGCCAAGAGAACCCGUUCCCAUCCCCCCGACGCAUCCAAAAAUGACAGCGCAAACUCUGAGCGCAAGCAGAGUGACUGGGCCAGGAAGAAUAGUAACGUGCUGUGGUCCCUGUAUAUCGAAGAGGACGAUUUGAAAGCUCAAUUCGCCGUGUCGCCAAAGUCCAGGCUGUUCUCCAUUGGAUCUGUCUCCACGGCUGAUCAGGGAAGGUGUCCUUUGGAUCGUCGACAAUCACACGACAACACACUGGCCCAACACAAGAUUGUCGAUGACAAGAAUCCUCAGAACGAGGAAUCAACGGCCGAUCUGCGCAGUCGAACUCCAUUCGAGCACCAGACGACUCCGACAAAGAACGUCGCUCGUGCGCGAGCCCUGUCUCAGCCUUGCAACCACAGACAUAGUACGUCAAUCGAGGAGCUGGUGAGGCGCAAACAAAGUGUACCUGCGCGAAUCGACGAGGAGGCUUUUGGAGGCUAUGACCAUUACGGAGGGCCGUGA